UGCUCUGUCACCGCCUCGCAGCGCGACCGAGCGGCAGCGGAACGCGGUCUUUGCAAUGAGUUACCCAGGCUAUCCCCCAGCAGGUGGAUAUCCACCACCACCACCCCCAGGUGGCAGUCCUUGGGGUGGUGCUGCCUAUCCACCUUCAAAUCCACCUCCUAUUGGUCUAGAAAAUAUGGCUGGCUAUGCCAAUCAGUUCAACCCAGGCUACAUGGCUGGAAUGGCAUCCAAUAUGGCAGGGACGUUUGGAGGGUCAAAUGUACCACAAGGCAUAUAUCCUUCAGUACCUGGGGGUUAUCCACCAGUACCUCCAGGUGGCUUUGGACAGCCUCCAUCAGGACAGCAGCCCUCUUAUGGGGGGUAUCCUCCACCUGGAGGAAACGUACCAGGCCAGCCCACACUGCCUCCUGAUCAGCAGCCUAUGGGAUUACCUGGACAACCACCAGCACCUUACCCAGGGCAGCAGCCCAUGCCAAGUUAUCCACCAGUCCCGGCUGUGAAUCCAUCUUAUCCAGGACCUACAGGGCCUGCAGUCUCUCCUGGAGCAUAUGGAAACAGAGGCACAAUCACUGAUGCAUCAGGAUUUGACCCUAUGAAGGAUGCAGAAGUCUUGAGGAAGGCCAUGAAGGGAUUGGGAACCGAUGAGCAGGCUAUUAUAGAUUGCCUUGGAAGUCGCUCAAACAAGCAGCGACAGCAGAUCAUGCUUUCCUUCAAGACAGCUUAUGGAAAGGAUUUGAUCAAGGAUCUCAAAUCUGAACUAUCAGGUAACUUUGAGAAGACAAUCUUAGCAAUGAUGAAGACACCCAUCAUGUUUGAUGCUUAUGAAAUCAAGGAAGCUGUAAAGGGCAUUGGCACAGAUGAAAAUUGUCUCAUUGAAAUCUUAGCUUCUCGCGGUAAUGAGCAUAUUCAGGAACUCAACAGGGUGUAUAAAGCAGAAUUUAAGAAAACACUGGAGGAUGCAAUAAGAAGUGACACAUCUGGACACUUUCAGAGGCUUUUAAUUUCACUUGCUCAGGGAAACAGAGAUGAAAGUACAAAUGUUGACAUGUCUCUUGUCCAAAAAGAUGUACAGGAGCUAUAUGCAGCUGGUGAGAAUCGUCUAGGAACUGAUGAAUCCAAAUUCAAUGCCAUUCUGUGUGCGAGAAGCAGGGCCCACCUCAGAGCAGUUUUCAGUGAGUACCAGAGGAUGUGUAACAGGGACAUAGAAAAAAGCAUCUGUCGUGAAAUGUCUGGAGACCUGGAAAAAGGCAUGCUGGCAGUAGUUAAAUGCCUCAAGAACACACCAGCUUUCUUUGCUGAGAGGCUGAGGAAUGCUAUGAAGGGAGCAGGAACAAAGGACAGAACUCUGAUUCGAAUCAUGGUGUCACGCAGUGAGGUUGACCUUCUGGACAUACGUGCAGAAUACAAGCGGAUGUACGGCAAAUCCCUCUAUUCAGAUAUCACUGGUGAUACUUCAGGAGACUACCGGAAAAUCCUACUCAAGUUGUGUGGAGGAAAUGACUAAAAGGAACAUUGGGCUUUCAUUUAAAAAAACAAAAACAAACAAACAAACAAAAAAAACAGAAAGGAGAAAAGAAGAAAAUGCAGCUACUAUUUUCAUGGUUUUGCUUUAAAGCAUCUUUUUCCCCAGAAGUAAAUAUGUUAUGAGCUGUCUCUCUUAAAGCGAAUUGCUAGAUUAAAAAAAAAGAGAAAAACACAGAAAUCAAGCUUAUGUACCAUCUGCUUAGGAUUCUUUGUUACCUUCUACAGUCCACGAAUGAGAGUUUAUUUUUCAGCUUACUUUAAUCAUCGGAAAUAACAUGAUUGUUUUCUGGAGUGAAAAUUGUGUUUGUAUGGUUUAAGGCUUUAUUUUGUACAAAUAUCACGUGCCACUUUAUUGCUGGUUUUAUAUCUAUUGUAAGCAGAGGUGGUUUCAUACUUACACCUCGCAUUUUUGUGUCCAACUGAGACUGUUUUAAAGAAGUUUUGUUGAGUUCUGCUUUCUUUACUUGGCUGCAUGUUUCUAAGUUGUGUUCCACAUCGCUUUUUCAUCAGGGCAGCUGUCACAAGGCUAUAAUAAUGUUGAUAUGAGUAGAAGUUCUUCAGUUAACGUCUUUCAGGUUUUAGAUUGUGCCUUAAAUAUCUAAAUAUAUCUAGGAAAAGAUUAUAAAAUUAAAGCUGCCUAUCUUCUAA